AGGCCAAAGAAAUGUCAAGACAGUCAUAUACAUGUACACAGAGAUGCGUAUCGACUUAGUAUUGAACUAAUGAGUUUAAUUGAUGCAUCAUCAUCACUAUCAUCUUUUUUCUCAAGAUAAUCAAGAUAAAUAUGCUACCAUGGAUUAAGUCAUGGUAUUUUUACUGCUGACCUCGGGACGAGUGAAUCUUGAUGGUAUUAUUUCGGGGUAGAUGCCGGGAGUACUGGAAUCCGCGAAACAGUGAUCGAAAGUAUUGUAGUUUUGUUGUUGAAGCAACCGCUUGACGUUUUCGUGCAUGGAAUUUGAUCGAAUAAUAUGGAUGUCCCCAAAGUGAUUUGAAGCGACGAAGAAGUUAUAUAUUAUCUUCUGAUUUGGAGAGCUAAAGGCAAGACAUUUUGUCGUAAAAGGAAAUUCAAAGGGUCCCUUUUUCGCGUAGGACAGUAAGGCGCUCAGCUGAUCUAAAGCAAGUGACUUCCUCGAUGGCGUGAAUACCAAACCACGCCCUGAAAAAAACGUAGACAUUCGAUGCGACGAUGUCGUCAUUUGCAUCGAUCAAGGAGUUGCCAGCCGAGUCGGUCCAACUCCCGGCCGAAUACGUGGUCGAUGGCGAUAAAUGGUUGAAGUUCAAUGUCGGUGGCACCAUGCUGGAGACGACGAGGGCCAGCAUCGAGAAACUUCGUUCGUUAUUCUUUGCCCAGCUUCUCGACCGGGGAAUCGACGACGUUCACGCCCCCGUCGCCGGGAUAUACCGUAUUGACCGAGACCCACAAGCUCUCCAGGUCUUUUUCAACUACGGGCGGUACGGGAAAUUUGUGGCUGUUCCCGAGCACAUCGGCGAGAGCUUUCUUCUUCAUGAACACAAAUUCUACGGAAUGCAAAACACGAGCGCCGACGCCAUCAGAUCGUACUUCGUCGAGCGGAGUAAAGGUCCGACGUCGAUCCAACUGGAAAAAGUGACGAUCACGGAAUUGGCCAUGGAUAAGAAAUACCUUCACCACAACGUCUACGGUAUCAUUAGGGGAACGCAGCUGUGUUGCUUCACCAAUGUUCUAGGGAAGGGAGUCUGCUACAAGGAUGUCGGAAGAUUCUUCAUUUAUGAGAAACCUCAUGAAAAACAUACUGCCCUUUUCAGGACGAGCUGUUGGCGAUGCAAGCACACCAUCUGUCUGGCCGACGACGCCCUCAUCGGUCUCGAAGGCUGGUGCCACAAGUGCUCACUGUGUCUUCGGUGUCAGGACAUCCUCUGCGAAUCCUCAAGCAAGAAGAGCAACGAAGACCACAACGAUUCAGACAGUGAUUCGAAUGCAUACACAGUCGUGCGAAAGACAGCUUCUGCCGUUUUCGUUUCUAACGUUGUUGCACCUACUGCGUUAACGCCAGAGCGCCCAGCACCGUCAAAUGACGCCGAGGCGGUGAGUGAUGAGGAUGAUCAGGAGGAGAUCGACCUUCGAGCCAUGAUCAAGGACCCAUUGGCGGAGGUGGCGUUGAGAAACAAACAAAAAGGGUUUUCCGGGAUGUCCUCUAAGAAAUUUUCGCUGAUACCGCCCGAAGAUGACGGAAACAAGUUGAUUGAGUCACCCGGUAAUAGGUUGAGAUUACCUAAGAUCCAUGUACCGAAAGCCGAAGGGGCGUCUGAAAGUUCUAUAGCUAAAGGGAUGAGGCAUUUGAGACGAAAGACGGAACCAGCCGCUUUGAAUCUUGAUCAGUUUGCAAACUUUUUAGAUCGUGGGGAAUGGUGACGGUUGUGUGCAGGGCCCUGUUUCAUGAAACUUGAUAUCAAUAACAAGUUAAAAGCUACUGUUACAGGCUACUGAAAUCAUGGCAUCUGAUUGGCUGAGAGCAAAUUUGUCAUAGAAAUUUAGCAGUUCUAAUAGAUAACAAGUUUUAUGAAACGGGCCCCAGGUUUUCUGAUGGUGCGGUAGUUAUUUGUUAUGAGUGAAAUUUGUGAUGUGAUGUAACCACUUUUUACCAUCAGUUUGUCAUAUUAAAUUGUUAUUUCUUUUGCCUUCUCAACAAAUGUUAUUUAAAGGUAAUUAUUCACAAUUCAAAUUCAUGGCACAAAUUCAGAGCAAAAUAUAAUUUGAAUUUCGAAGACGGCCGGAGACGAAAACCAUCAGAACAUUUUUGUUAAACUAAUACAUUGAGAUAUUUGCCACAAGCUAUGCCUUACCGACGUGAGGGCACAUGAGCACAGAAAUAAAGAUACGUAUUUUUAAUUUUGGUGCGCCGGGGCACAGCAUAGGCGUACAAGCAUAAUUUCACCCGGGGAGGGGUUAAUUUUUGCCCAAAUGUAGGCCUACCAAUUAUAAUAAUUUUCACAUAGGCGGUAGGCCUACAACCAGCGAGGUAUUAAAAGCGACAAAGGAAUAAAAUAAUUCUUCAUUAUAUAGUGGCAAUAUUAUUUUUUUUUUGUCUUAAGAAUAUACCAGGUAGGAUAUAAAUAACAAAUAUAGGCCUAUCCCCAAACCCGAUAAUGAGGUGAUGGUAUACUUGCCCGAAUGCGAUGAUGUCAAAAUGCAAAAUUUGCUGCACCAAAAGUUGUUGAUAUUAAUAAUAGGUCUAUAUGUAAGCAAACGUCACAGCUCUCCUCAUCGAAUUAUAUACAUAAGUAUAGGGUCCUAUAGCAUUUGGAUGAACAAUAACAGUUUCAGCAUAAUACAUUUUCAACAUGUUGACAGUUUUAAACCCCUUUUUUUUCUUCUAGAAAAUAAACAUUGCUUGAGUGACCGUCUGACAAAGGUGGCGUUGUUGUGUGAAACAGUAAUGAGAGAGGCUGAUCAUGCAGAUUAUGUGGGCAUGGACAUAUUAUUUUGCUGUUUGUUAUGCCCCACUAAGCAACAAACUCUAUUCUUUUACCGACUGACACAAUGAACUUGGUGUCCAGUAGCUGGCUGUAAUAGGCAACAUAAAACGGCUUUGUGGCGAUGCAACUCAAAAGAGCCCUCCAUCUGCCCCCUCUCUUUCUCCGAUUUAAACCCCCCCCCCCCC